ACGAGCUAUUUUUCACAACAUGUGUUGAUACUCGACGACCGAUUCUUGCAAGCGUGGACAGCGACUGUCAAAGAUUUGACGAUUGCUGUUAUGGAUUAACACUAGAUCUAGGUCUAGGCUACGAGACAAGAAUCAAUACCAAAAAGCGUGAUGAAGUUUGCUUAUCAGUUUUCAAACCUCCUGGGGUCCGUGUACAGAAAGGGAAAUAUCACAUUCACUCCAGAUGGAAACAGUGUCAUAAGCCCUGUUGGUAACAGGAUUUCCAUCUUUGAUUUGAAGAACAACAAGUCUCAAACACUGCCAGUUGAAACUCGGGUAAAUGUUACCUCCAUUGCCGUGUCCCCUGAUGGUCGCAUUGCCAUACUUGUCACUGAAGAGGGUGAAGGUCUCCUGGUGAGCUUGGUCAGCCAGAGUGUGUUAGGCCAUUAUCAUUUUCAUAAAGAGGUCCGCCAAGUCCAGUUCUCCCCCGAUGGAAGCAAAUUUGCUGUGGUUAAAGACACUGUGGUACAAGUUUUUUACGCCCCUGGAAAAACGAGGGAAUUUAACCCGUUUGUGUUGUACCGCACCUACCCUGGACAUGUUGAUGAGGCUGUUUGUCUGGACUGGACCUCGGACUCAAGGGUGCUGUGCACUGGGUCAAAGGAUCGCAGGACAAGGAUCGUGGCCACACAGAGACUCAAAAACCUCAAUGUGUACGAUCUGGGUGGGGUCAGGGACACAGUCAUUGGUGCUUUCUUUGCACUCAACUCCAUGGACAUCUACUGCGUGGCCCGAGAUGCUUAUGUCUUUGUGUGGAAAUGUGACACAAAGCUUUCUGAUCUGGAGCCCUGGGUAGAGGAAAUCUCAAAGAAUAAAGAAGAUGAAGAUGAGGAUGAUGAUGAUGCCGAUGAAGAUACUGGAUCUAAAAAAAAGUCCAAAAAGAAACGGAAAAUACCUGAAGCAGAACCUGAACAAGGAAAAGGUAUUAUAUACAGUGGUGGUGGCAAGUUCAGUUUCCGGGAAGCUCGCAAAGACACAGGAUUCUGCGAAGUGACCACAGCAGCUUUCCACAAGGCUUCUCAUCUCCUUGUGACUGGGUUUGAAGAUGGGACAUUCUUCUUACACGAGAUGCCUGAUUUCAACAUGAUUCAUUCACUGAGCAUUUCAGAGCAGAGUGUGAACUCAAUGGCCAUCAACAACUCUGGAGAGUGGAUCGCCCUGGCCUGUGGCAAGCUUGGACAGCUGUUGGUGUGGGAGUGGCAGUCGGAGUCGUACGUGCUCAAGCAGCAGGGCCAUUUCAACGACAUGACGUGCAUCACAUACUCUCCAGAUGGACAGAACAUCGUCACUGGGGGUGGAGAUGGAAAGGUCAAAGUAUGGAAUUCUUUCUCAGGAUUUUGUUUUGUGACCUUCACUGAACAUGUGGGUGAGGUGACUGGUGUCAAGGUCACACAGAAUGGGAAGAGUGUCCUGUCUAGCUCCAUGGAUGGAACAGUCAGAGCCUUUGACUUGACGCGGUACCGUAACUACAAGACUUUGACAUCCCCCAAACCAGAUCAGUUCUCUUGUCUUGCCGUGGAUGGGGCUGGUGAGAUUGUGUGUGCUGGGGGCACCACGGAGUUCAUGAUCUAUGUUUGGACUAUGAAGACAGGACGGCUGCUGCAGACGCUGGCUGGCCAUGAGGGACCCAUCAGUGCCUUGGAUUUCAGCCAAUCAGAUGGGGUCCUGGCUAGCGGCUCUUGGGACAAGACUGUGAAGCUGUGGGGCAUCUACGAACAGGCUGGCAUGAGGGAGACCAUUGACCUCAACUCUGAUGUGCUGGCUUUGACUUUCAGGCCUGAUGGCAAAGAGUUUGCAGUUGCCACCCUCAAUGCCCAUGUUACAUUUUGGGACACAGUGUCUGCUCAACAGAAGGGAACCAUUGAGGGUCGGCAUGACCUUGGCUACUCCCGCAAAGAUGCUGACAAGGUUUCAGCAAAGACAUCUGCAGAGGGAAAAGCCUUUGAGACAUUGUGCUACAGUGCCGAUGGUCACUGCAUCCUGGCAGCUGGACGCUCCAAGAAUGUCUGUAUCUAUUCUGUGUCAGACCAGCUGCUGAUGAAAAAGUUUGUCAUUUCCUGCAACCACUCGCUGGAUGGUAUUGAGGAAUUCUUGGACAGAAGGAAGAUGACGGAGUGGGGCAGUCUUGCCCUAGUGGACACUGGGCAGGGAGAUGAGAAGGGCUCAGCUAUCUCUCUACCUGGUGUGAAGAAAGGGGACCACAGCUCUCGCCACUGGAAGCCUGAAGUGCGAGUCUAUUCCCUGCAGUUUUCACCCACAGGUCGAUCGUGGGUGGCUUGUUCGACGGAAGGUCUCAUGGUGUACUCUCUGGACCAGGGGGUCGUGUUUGACCCGUUCGAGCUGGACAUGGACAUCACGCCAGCCAGCGUGAGGAGGACCCUGGGCAAGGGGGAGCAUUCGGCGGCCUUGAUGCUCAGCUUUCGGCUCAACGAGCAGAGCUUGAUACAGGAGGUGCUGGAGGCAAUACCAGUGGACAGUGCUGAUGUCAUCAUCGAGUCCUUGCCUGAUACGUACGUGGACAAACUGCUGGCAUUCAUGGGUCACAUGAUUGAGAGCUCCGCACACAUUGAGUUCUAUCUCUUGUGGCUCCUCCCCUUGCUCACAGCUCACGGGCCCAAGUUGAAGCAGCGAUCGCAAUCGGUGAUGUCAUCCCUGCGAACUCUGCAGAGAAAUUUGACCCGCAAAUACGAGGAUCUGAGGAAAAUCGCUGACCACAACAAGUACUUGUCCCAGUACCUGCAGUCUCUUUCACAACUGAAGAGAAAGAAACCCUCAGGUGCAGUGGCGAAAGAAGUUGGUCAAGACUCUGACGAAGAUGAUGAUAGUGAGGACGAGAAUUUGAAGGAGUUGGCAUGGAGAGAAGGGAGCUCGGAUUCUGAUAGCAGCAUGGAUAUCUUGUAAAUAAUAAAAUAUUGUUCUAAGGCCUAAAA